GUUAGUUAGGUGUAGUGUUAAUUAGAAGUUCGUUGAAAGUUGGUUAGUUUGUUUUAGCUCUUAGAACUCUGUAUAAAUACAGAUUGUAUUCAUUCAUUUUCAUUAAUGAAAUUUAGAAUAUACAUUUCAUUCUCUCUUGGUCCUUAAACUAAAAUGGUAUCAGAGCCACACGAUUGGUGAGCUCUUAGCUUCCACCACUCUUCGUUCUAGCUUUGUUUCCUCUUUCUUCUACUCGAGCUACUUUAUUCUUUCAUGGCGUUAACUCGCAACAGCAACAAUGGAGGUGCUGGAUACUCCAAUCAAUUUGCAGCUCUCAAUGAAAACAAUAGAUCUUCUACCAUUGAUCCACGCAUGCCAUAUUUUCUUUCCAAUGGAGAUAAUCCAUCGUAUCUCUGGUUUUAAAGAUCCUCACUGGUGUAGACAACUACAGUUCUUUGCGAAGAUCAGUGGUGGUUGCAUUAUUGGCGAGGAACAAGAUCAAGUUCAUCAAUGACAAACUUCCAGCUCCCGACGAAGAUGAUGAAGAUUUUGUUGCGUGGAUCAGAUGCAAUAGUUUUGUAAUUUCAUGGAUCUUACAUUCUGUUUCUCCUACUAUAGCUGAUAGUAUCAUGCAUGUAGAAGAUGCAUCACACAUCUGGUCAGAAUUGGAGGAAAGAUUUCACCAAAAGAAUGCUCCAAGGGUGUUUGAGGUGAAAAGAUCAAUGCAGACAUUAACUCAGGGAUCCAAUGAUGUCACUUCAUACUACACUUGACUCAAAGGACUAUGGGAUUUGCUGCGCGAAUACAGGCCACAACCUGUUUGUACCUGUGGCGCAAUGAAGAUCAUACAAGAGUACAAAGAUGAAGGCAAGGUUCUUAAGUUCCUGAUUGGGCUCAAUGACUCUUAUCUCAAAGCCAAAUCUCAGAUUUUACUCCAAUAUCCACUUUUGAAUGUUAACAAGGCUUAUGCCUAUAUAAUCCAAGAAGAAAAACAGAGAGGAUUAUCAUUUCUCAACCUGAAACUCCCAAGCCUACAAGUGACAAUUUAGGGAAAUUUGCAAGGAGUACACAAGCUAAUCGAGGCAACAAUCGAUCUAAUAAUCGACAUGUUUGUUCUCAUUGUGGAAUUAUUGGACAUAUUAUUGCAAAAUGCUACAGAGUUCAUGGAUAUCCACCUAGUCAUCAAUUGUAUGGCAGAUUUCCAAGGAAAAUUCUUAACAAACCAGGAAAUCAACAAAAUCAACCAAUUUCAAAUAAUGAUAUGAACGAAGAUUAGGAUUUGUCCAUACAAUUUCCAAAGCUCAUGGCAAUGCUAGCACAGAAAAUGCAAGAAACUUGUUCACAAUCUCAACCAUCUGAUCAACCUGUUGUAUCAAACAUCUAUGGUUUGGUUCAUUGGGAAGCUCUAGAAAUGGAGGACAUUGAAGAUUUGUUAGUUGGAAGCAUUAGCGGAGCUCCUCCUGGAUUUCGGUUGCCACUGACUUCAGUUGGAUUGAACCCAAAGAAGGCAAAGAAGAAACCUCCUCUCAAUUAUGCUAACACCAAUGGUUUUGCCCCUAAAAUUCCUGGCACUCAGACAAUUUACAUCAAAACCUUCGGGUGCUCUCACAACCAGAGUGACAGUGAGUAUAUGGCUGGUCAGCUUUCAGCAUUUGGUUAUUCAUUGAGUGAAAAUCCCGAUGAAGCCGAUCUAUGGCUUAUAAACACUUGUACAGUUAAAUCUCCUAGUCAAUCUGCAAUGGACACUAUAAUAACUAAGGGAAGAAGUUCCAAAAAACCGCUUGUGGUGGCUGGCUGUGUUCCUCAAGGAAGCAGAGAUCUAAAAGAAUUGGAAGGAGUCAGUGUAGUAGGAGUCCAGCAAAUUGACAGGGUGGUUGAAGUUGUUGAAGAGACACUGAAAGGUCAUGAGGUGCGACUUUUGAACCGCAAAACUUUGCCUGCACUUGACCUUCCAAAGGUAAGAAAGAACUCAUUUGUUGAGAUUCUUCCAAUUAAUGUUGGUUGUUUAGGGGCCUGCACUUACUGCAAAACAAAGCAUGCUCGUGGUCACUUGGGUAGUUAUACUGUUGAUAGCCUUGUAGGACGUGUAAAAUCUGUUGUAGCUGAUGGUGUUAAAGAGAUUUGGUUGAGCAGUGAAGAUACUGGAGCUUAUGGUCGAGACAUUGGGGUCAAUCUCCCAGUUUUGUUGAAGGCAAUUGUUGCUGAACUUCCUUUUGAUGCAAGCACAAUGCUUCGCAUUGGGAUGACAAAUCCUCCUUUUAUUCUAGAGCACUUGAAAGAGAUAGCAGAUGUUUUGUGCCACCCAUGUGUCUACUCCUUCUUGCAUGUACCUGUUCAAUCUGGUAGUGAUGCAGUCUUGAGUGCUAUGAAUCGAGAAUAUACUUCGAGUGAGUUCAGGAUUGUGGUUGAUACCUUGACUGAGCUUGUGCCUGGGAUGCAUAUUGCAACUGAUAUCAUAUGUGGAUUUCCUGGUGAAACAGAUGAAGAUUUUGCUGAAACUGUUAGCCUUAUUAAUCAAUACAAGUUCCCUCAAGUUCAUAUAUCACAAUUCUAUCCUCGACCAGGGACGCCUGCUGCAAAGAUGAAAAAGGUUCCUAGUACUGUAGUGAAGAAACGGAGCCGUGAGUUGACUACACUCUUUGAAUCCUUCACACCUUAUAGUGGAAUGGAAGGGAGAGUGGAAAGGAUAUGGAUAACAGAUAUUGCGACCGAUAGAGUUCACUUGGUUGGCCAUACCAAGGGAUACAUCCAGGUGCUUGUAGUUGCCCCACAGAGUAUGCUAGGAACUUCAGCCAUUGUGAAAAUAACAUCUGUAGGAAGGUGGUCUGUUUUCGGUGAAGUGAUUGAGACUAUCAAGGGUAGGAGUUCCAAAACAUCUUCAAACAUGGGGACUUUGUCUAUUGAUGACAAAUGUAGCCCUUGCUCCAAUGCUUGCGGUGAUGGUUGUGAGUCAAGAGUGCAAGAAGAAGCAUGUGAUUGUGGAGCAGGAGGCUGCUGUACUGGAACUACAAUCAAACAUAGUGUUGCCUCAAACAAUUCCAUUUCGCGCAAGGAUGGAAGCAGCAUAAAUCUCGUCGGAUGGUUGCUUAGGAAACGGAAAAACCAUGUGCAGAAGCAGAUGGAGUCUGAAAUUACAACUGAAUUUGAUAACAAACAAGAACAGGCUGAACAAAGUAUUGCUUCGUGGAACGCAAUGGAUAAAGUUCUUCUCGGUGGAAUGCUUGUGAGCUUCCUGACAAUCUUAGUUCUACUGAUUCAUCUUGGAUUUAGGACUUCGUCUAACUAAUAAACAAUUUUGUUUGAAGGCUGCUUUUGUUGUUAUUUCCAUUUGGAUCCGCUUUUCUAAUAUGGUUGUUAUUCAAUUUGUAAACACUUGAAAGUCAUUUCACUUUUCUAUAAAAAGCAAUAUGCAAGACCUACCGAAUCUUUUUCUAUCAUAAACAUGUCAAUACUCAUUUGUAAUAGAUAUAGAGUUAGUAGUAUAAAAUGCAUUAGUAUAUCA